GAUCCUCAGUGCUCUGUGGGGUGUGUGUGUGUGGAGGAGACUUGUGUAUCCUAUUGCCAUGGGGGGGGCGAGGUGACACUGGCUCAAGCUGGAGCAGGAGUCACAAAUUAAUCUUUGUGGCCGGCUCACACCCAGUAUAGAUAGCCGCCCUGUGUUAGCAAGGAGCUGCUGUAGUGUCACCCAGGGGUGCCGAGUCCCCCCACAUUCUCCAUGGCUAGACCUGUGUCAUUCCUGCAGUGCUUGUGCCCUUGUUCCUCUUACUGCAGUACCUGGGGGCAGGCAGUGGCCGAUUAGGGAAUGGGACACUUAAGCCUGAGUCUCCCCAUUUCUGGGCUCCCAUGCUUGGAUUUCCAGACUAGGGCUUAGAUACCCCAACAAUAGGCUUGUUAAAGAUCCCUUGGCUAUGCUGGACAACAUGGGAUGCAGCGUGGGUCUAGUGGAUGGAGCACUGGGCCAGAUGUCAGGAGUCCUCCAUUCAGUUUCUUGCUUUGCCCCUAACGUACUGGGUGACUUUGAGCAAGCCACUCCCCAGCCCACUGCCUCAGUUUCUCCAUUUUUACAAUGGAGGUGGUGAUACUGGCUUCCUGUGUAAAGUGCUUUGAGCUGUAUGGAUGAGAAGUGCUAGAUGCAGAGAACAGAUUCUAGUUUUCUAGCUUCUCUUGAGAUUUAUGGGCGCUGUAGAGGACUUGAUUUCGUUUUUGCUUUGCGUAGCAGGCACUUGCCGUGUGCUCUCUGGAAGGAUGGACAGGGGCUGGCCCUGCUUUCAUGGAGGAUCUGACAUUCUGAAAUGGCUUUGGCCUGAAUCAGAGCUCUGUGAGCUCCUUUCUCACCAGCUGAAGUUGGGCCAAGAAAAGCAGUUCCCUCACGCACCUUGUCACUCUCGUUCUGGGAAAAAGAUUGAUUUUGUUCAUGUUUUACAAAGCAAAUGUGUUCCCAUGUCUGCCUGGAAGUCAGUUCACUUCAGAGUUGCCCUGUAUCCUGGACCUCGUCACACUUUCCUGUUUAACUGCAUCCCAGGAGAUGCCUUGGCUGACUGGUAGGCAGCAGCUCUUGCCUCGUGGAAGCAUGGCUGUAGCUUGAGUUGUGUGGGAGUUUAGCUGACUAGACAGGGAGCUGUCCUGGAGGCGUUCGGUGAUCGAGGCAAAAUUAAAUGUAAGAACCCUCCCAAGUAUUUGCUAUGUGAUGUCACAUCUUUGUAUUCGGAUCCUCUUUCUGCUAACACAAAGCACAGUGACUUCAGAUAUGCCAGGAUUGGGGCUGUCUGGGGAGAGGAGCUUUCAUGCAAGUUGUGUGGAAAACUUGUUUCCUGGCUGCUUUUGAGCCUGUUCCGGCCAUUGCUAAGACCUGCCCCCGGGGCCUGUCCUGCUCUAGAGCCCUAGGAUGGGCCAGGUUCUCUGGUCCAGCAGCCGGGGCCCAGUCAGCUUGCACUGGUGGUGGUGCCAAUGUGCCUUUGGAAACCUUGCGGCCCCUCUGAGAGAUGUUUGUCCGCUGGGAACCUUCCAUUCAAGGGUGGCCAGCUUUGCCCAGGCAAGGCCAGGCUGGCAGCUCAUCAGGAGAUCGGACUUUGUGCCUAGCAGGCUUGAAGUGAAGCAGAUGGAUGCGCUUCAGUACAGAGUGCUUCUCUCUGGAGGAAGAUGAGCUGAGCCUGCACUUGGUUCCCGCCUGCAGCGAUGCCAUCCUGGAGGCCGAAGGGAUCCUGGGAACGAUGCAGAGCUACCUGGACUCAUCCGUGAUCUCUAUCAUUGAGGACUUCGGCACCCUGACCGAGAACAAGACCUGCCUGGAUGCUCCAAACGAGCUGUCCCUGCUGACGGCCAUCACCGAGAUCCUGGACAGCACGGACGACGAGACCCUGUCUCCGUUUGACACCACCUUGGACUCCGAAUUGCUGGCACUGCCCCGGGAACGCGAAUGUUCUUCGUUUCAGAAGUUUCUCAGCUUGUCCCGGGCCUCCCCUGAGUGCAGAGUUCCUGCCCUAGAAGAUCCGUGGGGCCUCAGCAGCCCAGCUGCCAUCGGCAAGGUGGAGACGGGCCCGGUGGAUCUGCCCUGGAACCGUCCACUGAGCUGCCUUGAAGAGCCGACAGCACCAAAGCUGCGCCCCAGCAGAGUGCCCUGGACGGAGCGGAAGCUCCCCAGGCCCCAGCCCCUCCCGCAGCGCAGCGAUGGGGAGGAGGAGGAGGACACUGCUAGCCCUGGACAGCACGGCGGCAUGGCAGCGACAGGGGGUCUGCGGGAGAGCCCCAUGGAUUUGUGCGCUGAGGCUGGGGGUGAGGAGGCGGUGUGGCUGGAAGACACUGACACUCCCUGCAUCAUUAGCACGGGGGCCGGGUCCCUUAGUGAGCUGGUGAAGUCCAUGCACCCGUACUGCCUGCCCACGCUCACCGUGUGCCUGGACCCUGCGAGCGAGCCGGUGGCAAAGGAGUUCUUAUCCGGCCCGCUCCUGCUGGAGAUUGUGCCGGGCGAAGGCGAGAGCCUGGAGAUCCCUGUGGUCCUGCAGCAGCUGGGCCCAGGAGCCCAGCUCCCAGCUGAAGGGGAAGGAGCCAGUGGUUGCCUGCCUGGUGAGAGGGGUGGUGCUCUGGAGCCGUUGCUGAUGCAUGGUGUGGUGCCAGUGGGAAUGCCUGCCCAGGGGUGCGAGACUGGGGGCCCCAUCAGGGCCCCCCAAGAAGAGCCUCCCAGCCCAACCCAGGCAAGAGAGUCACCCCAGGGGAUUGACCCCGAAGCGAAGGAUGAGGUGAGGCAAAGAGACCGGGAUCUGGAGAGAAGCUCCCGGCACAGCACGGAGGCGCCAGUGGGUGGGAAGCACCAGGGCACCGAAAAGGGCCGAGGGCGCGAGAGGGCCAGGAAAAGUCGGAAAAAGAAAAGGGAGGAAUCGCAGAAGGGCCAGGCCAAGCCAGAUGGGGACUGCGUGGUGUGCAGGUUCCGUUCUACGUCCACGGUGCAGCCGCCAGCGUCCCAGCGCUCCCCCAGCUGGGCAGCCCGGCCCUCUGUGCAAGUGUCCACCUUCCUGGAAAAGCAACUGGACCAGGCCAAGAAGGAAGGGCAGAUGGAGCUGCAGUUUGCCAGAGGGAGGCCUAGGGCAGCAGCAGCUGGGGGCGGCCUGCAGAGGAAGGGGCACGCUGCGAUGCAGAAGGAGCUGGAGGCGGAGAAGACCAACACGCAGCCAGCUGGGCAGAGUGCCGAGACAUCCAGGCCCUUGGAGCAGGCCGUGCACAGCCCCGGGGCGCAGGGAGAGGUAGCUCCUGGGUGCAGUGAGGAGAGCCAGCCUGCCCCCCCCAAAGGGAGCACCCCCCCACACCAGGACCUCAGUGCUGAGGGGGAGGCUCCCCAGAGCCCGCAGGAAGCGGAGCGGGCUGGGGCCGAGGCUGCUGGCUGGCCAUCCAAGCCCAAGGCGCUCAGCUUGACCGAGUACCGGCUGCGGAUGCUGCGCCGCCAGCCCAGCAGGGCUGAUGGGAAGGAGGGGGAGAAGCAGGCAGCAAGCAAGUGGCCCAUCGUCCCCGAGCCCCCUACGGAGCUGGCCGAGAUCCCGUGCCUAAUGGCGGCCGUCCGCCCCCCGCCCUCGCAACCUGCUCAGCCCGUGGAGACGCCCAGCUCCCAGAGGGGCCCGGAGACACCUGCCAGCCCCCCUGCCACCCCUCCUCUGGCCAGAAAGGCACCUGCAGGGCCCCCCCAGCCCGAGCCGGCUCCAGUGCCCCCAGGGCUACAGCUGCCUGUCCCUCCACCGGCCCUGGGGUCUGCUGGUGCAGUAACGCCGCAGGCCUCCCCGGCACCCUAUGGCGUCUACCCACCGGUGCCUUCCUGGCCUUGCUUUGGGCCUCCACCUGCCGGCUACCCCAGUCUGCCUCUGCCACCGGCCGCUGGCGGGUCACCCAAUACCUUUCACCUGGUGCCUGGCCUGCCCCCGCCAGCUAUGGCCUGGCCCCCCCCUGCCCUGCCACUCCCUCCGUUCGGCCCAGGCGCCCCGUGUCCCCCCCUGGGCUGGCCCCUGUGCCUCCAGCCGCCCUACUGGCCCGGGAUCCCCCUGCCACCUCCCAUGGUGUACAGCGAUCCAGGUGCCGCUCUGCACAGCCCAGGGGCAAACCCCUUCCCAAGUAACCCAGCCGCCCUGGCACCGAGCUGCCAAGAGCCUUCAGCUUUCACAGUACAGCCAGCGAAGCCAGUGCUGGCCAGCCAGGCGACCGCUGCUGCCAAGCAUGAGGUGCCAGCCCAGACCCCGCAGUGUGGAGCACAGCCCUCCGGCCGGGCAUCUGAUCCCAGGAGGCAGAGCCGGCCUGUGGGCAAGUCACCUGCCCUCCAGCCUGUAGGGCAGCCCCCUAUUGCCACCACCCAGACCGUGGGGGAGUCAGCCACUGCCUGGCCUGGAGGGCAGCCCCCUGCCCCUUGGCCUGUAGGGGAGCCCCCUGCCCAGCCUACGAGGGAUCCCUCUGCCCCUUGGCCUGUGGGGCAGCCCCCUGCCCAGUCCACGAGGGAGCCCCCUGGCCCUCGGCCUGUGGGGAAGUCGUCUGCUGCCCAGCCCCCUAUUGUCACUGCCCAGCCCAUGGGGGAGUCUCUUCCUGCUGCUGCCCCUUGGGGGCAGUGGGGUGCUGAGGAGGGGGUGGGGGACGUCGAGGAGGGAGCAGCGAGGCCACUCAUCCAGGGUGCCAGCAAGUGUCCCUCGGCACUGCUGCUACUGGAGGAGGCUCGUCAGCCUGAGCCGCUCUGCCCCAGCUCUGGACCCGAGCCAGGAAGUGACCUGAUAAGCCGCCUCUCUCCCGCCGCAGGAAUCGAAGCCUCGGACCUGUCCAGCCUGCUGGAGCAGUUUGAGAAGACUGAAGCCACAAAGGAGGAGCUGCACGUGCGACGCCCUAGGGACGGGCUGGUGCUGGGGAAUGCUGGCAGGUCGGAGAGCCACCAGGACAAGAACCCGCCAGAUAGCCUGCAUGCCCCGGAGCUGGCCAAUGUCGCUGGCCUCACCCCACCAGCGACACCGCCCCACCAGCUCUGGAAGCCCCUGGGUGCAGUCUCGCUGCUGGGGAAGCCUGGGGCCGCUGCCCAGGAGAGCAGCCAGAGAACUGCCAAGUUCAUGGAGGCCAAGCCGCUGCCCCAGAGCAAACCUCGGGGGAAGGGCCAGCUCCCCACGACCUGCAGCCCACCCCCCAGGCAUGUGGGCUCCGGAGACCAUGACUACUGCAUCCGUGGCCCUGCCCAGCCAGAGGAGGGCUCCAGGCUCCCUGGCACAUCAGCCCCAUUGGAGCUGGGCUCCCGCUGGAACGUGAAGCAUCACCAGGAUAUCACCAUCAAGCCACCCUCCUCCCUCCCCACACGGACGCUGGCCUGGCCCGGGCUCAGCCCCAAGCCUGGAGCUGCCCCUGGUUCCAGCGAGCAGCUGGAUCACCGGACUAGUGCCCAAACCCAGGUUGUUGCUGAGCGGAGCAGCCCCCGCCCCUCAGUCCUGCUGUCUCCAGACGCGUCCCCCUGCCGGGACGAGGAGCCGCGGACUCGGGACUCGCAGCCGAAGCAGCUGGCUGCGAAGAGGUCCCUACGCUGCUACCGGAGACGUGGGGCGUCGCCAAGCCCCCGGGCCCGUGCCAGCCGCUCUUUCAGCUCCACGUCCAGCGGGGCCAGCGCCUCCUCGUCGUCGUCCUCCUCCUCCUCCUCCCGGUCUCGGUCCCGGUCGCUGUCUCCCCCACCAAAGCGGUGGCGAAGGUAUCGCUCCAGACACUCCCGUAGCUCCCACUCCUCCCGCUCCAGCUGCGGGUCGUGCGGCCGGUCCCGGGGGAGGUCGUCGUCAUCCUCAUCCUACUCAUCCAGAUCCUCCUCGGCUUCCCACAGCCGCUCCCCGUCCCCCCGCAGGAGGAGUAACCGGAGGAGAAGGUACGAUUACUGCGACCUUCCAGAUCGCUGCCAGCACCAGAAAGUCCUCCACAAGGAACGUGCAAUAGAGGAGAGGAGAGUCGUCUUCAUCGGCAAGAUCCCCAGCAGGAUGACGCGGGCAGAGCUCCGGCACCGCUUCUCCGUGUUCGGGGACAUCGAGGAGUGCACCCUCCACUUCCGGGCUGAGGGGGACAACUAUGGCUUCGUCACCUACCGCUAUGCCAAGGAGGCCUUCGCCGCCAUUGAGAGUGGCCACAAGCUGCGGCGCCCAGACGAGCAGCCCUUCGACCUGUGCUUCGGGGGGCGGCGCCAGUUCUGCAGGAGGAACUACGCGGACCUGGAUUCCAACCGGGAAGAUUUCGACCCUGCCCCCGUCAAGAGCAAGUUUGACUCCCUCGACUUUGACACCUUAUUGAAGCAGGCGCAGCGCAAGCUGCGGAGGUAGCGCUGGGCCCAUGGCGGCUGUGCCCAGUGCCUGCGGGAGGUGCCAGCCGGCGCCCCGGCCUGGGUGCAGCCCAGUAGGGCUUUGCAGAGAAAUGAAAAAGACACACACAAAAAAAAAAAAAAAUCAAACCAGAUUUUUUUAAACAAUUUGUUUUUAUUACAAAUAUUUAAGGCCGACGAAUUGUCUCUGUUAACUGAGGGGCUGCCCCAGCCCAGUCGCUCUGGUUAAUAAACCCGACUCCAACCCA